GCUUAUUUAGAGCUACACAGUUAAUACUCGUACCUCAACAACAUUAUUUUGAAUUAUGGCGGCAAGAAUAGAAGUCAAAGGCAUAUGUCCAUACUGCGAUCGUUAUGUGUCCAGAGACCUUAGACCUAUUAACAUGCUGUCGGCACGUGAUGCCAAAAGGAUUUCUCAACUGAUAAACGAAGAACCGCCUCUGGUUCAGUUGGAGUACGAGAAAGAAGGGAAUACAGAUUCUAGAUGCAAAAAAACGCGAGUCUCGAAGAGGAAGAGAGAAACUCUAGAGAACUCGGAAUCCGAGGACAACAUGAAAAAAGAACCAAGUUCACAGGAUGAAUUGGACAAUCAUAGUUCUCAGGAAAUAUUCGAAGAUCAUAGUUCACAGUCGGGAACGAGCUCAGCAGAGGACGUUAAAUCAGAAAACUCUCUCGACGCCAUAACUAAAGGUAUUUUAGAUUUGGUCGAGGAGGAGUUUGAGCGUGAUCCGGCGAGCAAUGAAUCGUCUGGGAGUUUAAGAGGGAAUGCUGAAGUAAUCAUGGCUAUGUUGACAGAGGAGCAGCUUAUUAUCGACAAGAUAGAGGAGCAGGCCAGUCAGCGGGGUACUAAAGAGCCGCCAACUAAACGGCGGCGGUGUUAA